AACGACAGAUGAAGAUGCUUCGUACUCUCGGGUGCAGAUAUUUCACGCGACUAGGGCGAGGACUCUCUGUCACGGCGUGCACGGGGUGGGAAGCACGGAGCCCGACAGCCUUUCUUGUGUCGGGCUCCUCCCUGCCCUGGCGCAAUAUUUACAUGAACACGAGGAGGACAAACGAGAUAUCCUGUCACGAAAAAAUACCGCAAGCAGCAAGAUUACGAGUGGUACGCUCCAGGCAUGUUGGGUGUGCGCAUGGAGGCUCAAGAAAGUCGACAGGUGGUGCCACAAUAACGAGAUAUAUGGCUGGGAUGCAGCCUCGCCGCGCUUUCUCAGGACAGGGCGGUGGCCAGGACGGCAAUAAAACUUUCUUGGGGGAGCCUUUGGAGGUGACUCCCAUGCCCUUCAAUGCUGUGAUGCUGGACACGGAUAAUAUGCGGGUGACAGACACGAGCGACUUCACGACCCGCCUGUUGGUGACAGUCCAACAGCUCCGGAGGGAAGGCCGAAGCAGCAUGUGGGUCCGUGUACACGCUUUGAACGGACAUCUUCUGGGCGUGCUGGGGACAUUUGGCUUCAAAUGCCAUCACUGUGAGCCAGAGUCGGUGAUCAUGAAUUUGUGGUUGCAGCCGGGCAAGGAGAACAAGGUCCCUCCCUACGCGACCCAUUUGGUGGGAGUGGCGGGCUUCUGUCAGAAUAAGAAAGGAGAGGUCCUGCUCGUCAAGGAGGGCAGCAAGAAUCUGAGUGGGUGGAAACUCCCGGGGGGCUACAUUAAUCCCGGCGAAGAAUUUGGAGCCGCGGCAGUGCGUGAAGUGGAGGAGGAGACUGGGGUCCGGUCCUCGUUCGAAGGCCUGUUGGCCCUCCGGCACCAGCACCAGCAGUCUUUCGGCGUCGACGACAUCUACGUGGUCACGCGCCUGCAAGCCCUCACAGACGAGCUCCGUUUGUGCUCCUCAGAGAUCCAGGAUGCGCGCUGGGUGCCCCUGAAGCAGUUCCAAGACGAAGCCUCCCACCCGAUCCUCAGGACCGUGGCCGAGCUCACGCGGGGGUGGGGCGAGGGGGAGGGGCCCGUCAGGGGGGUCAUCGUGGAGCGGGAACACCCCUCGAUUUUGCCGGGUCGCCCGCCCUACAAGCUAUACCACGCGCCGCUCCUGGGGCAGUAG